AUGGCCUACGAGAAUGAGGCGCUCGUCAUUGCCGCAAUUGCUGCGAGAACGAAAGAGGAGAUCGAGGAGACGCUUGACUGCGGCUUAGUGAAGGGACACGCCUAUGCGGUCACUGAUAAUCCGUGGGGAGAAAAGGAAUGGAAUGGACCGUGGAGUGACGGGAGUCCCGAAUGGGAACAGGUGACGGAUUCCACAAAGAAAUCCCUUGGCAUCACCGUUGAUGAGGAUGGAGAAUUCUCUGGAUGCCGUGGGAGUCUUUCACGCAAUAUUUCACCGACAUUUCCCCAAGAGUUACGA